ACAUGUCUAGCAUGCAACAAUCGUUCAAGGCGGACCAAUCCGAGGGUAACCGUGAAGAAUGGAAUAGAUCGGCAAUGGAAUCGACAAACCAAACGAGGGACGAGGUAGCUACUACUACUGCCCAUGCAAGCAAGCAAGAAGCUUCUGGGUUUCUCCAACAGACGGGAGAGCAAAUGAUGCAUAUGGCUCAAGGUGCUGUAGACACUGUGAAGAACACGCUUGGAUUCAAUGACGACAAGUCGAAUUGAGUUUUAGCUUUUUUAUUAUUAUUAUUAUUAUUAUUAUUUUCUUUUUUACCUUAAUGAUUCAAGGAUAAGUAUUGACGACAAGUCGAAUUGAAUUUUGGAUUAUUAUUAUUAUUAUUAUUAUUUUACCUUGAUAAAAAUGUUUCUUUUUGGGCAA